CUCAGUCUCACUUUAACCUCAUCUGAAUACGAACCCGAGAGCUCCUCUCCAUUUUCAAAAAUAUUUCAUAGAUUAUUUAUACAAUUGUUUUUCAAUUUUACCCAAAAGAAUAAAAAAAAUGUCAAAGGCCUCUCACAAAGCCAUGGAGGAGGUGGUGGCCCGCAACACGGACAAUACCAAUCGGAUUAUGGAGCAGGCCCAGGGCUAUGUGGUGUCCGAGAAUUCAACGGACAGCCUGCUCCACACUUCUUUUGAUCUGACCACUGCCCAGGGUGUGAUUAAGCACCUCAACUCCAGCUUCCUGAGGCUGGCCCAGAGUUGUGUUCGUGACCUGGAUCCCGCCGAUCACCUGUGCUUUAUACGGAUCAAGACCCGCAAACAUGAGUUUCUCGUUAGUCCCGAGGAGGAGUUCACCGUGACCGUCCAGUUUUGACACCUGCGUCUAGUGGCGGGUUAAUAUUGAUGGAGGCUGCUGUUGCUGUGGUUGGGGGGGAAGGAGGAGGAGGAAAUGGGAGUUGACACACACACACACAUACAUGCUGCGAGGGUUGCUGCUAUCCAGUCUUGCUGUUGCUGCUGGCGUCGAGAUCGGGAAAAUCUCAAAAAGCCCAAAAACUAAACGAGCCAUAAAAUUAUGGGCAAAAUCUUUAUGCGUGUGACUGGCGAAACUAAAUUAUGUUUAUUAUGUAAUUAAGAUGUUUGCAGAGAUGCCAGCACAACAAAAACAUUAGUAAAGCAGACUAAAAACAGACAAAAAUCGCAAAGAGCGGAAAA